UGUCCUGUUCUUUUAAUCUUUUUUUGUUUCUAUUUUUUUUUCUUUUUUGAAUUCCCUGUUAUUUAUCCCUAGAGCUCCACAGUGCGCGAAUAUUCCUCAAUGUGUGAGCUCCUGCCCUUUACUUCUGUGGGCUCUUGGGGAUGCCUCGGUUACCUGGCAUCGUUUACAGGGUAUCAAGAAAUGGAAAGAAAAGUAAGCAAAAUCUGUCUUACUUCUGAACCCAACAUAAUUCAUUUUCUACAAAUAUCUUGGGAGAAAACUCUAGGGUCUGGUUUUGUUAUUACACUUACUGAUGGGCAUUCAGCAUGGAUUGGGACAGUUUCUGAAUUGGAGAUUUCCCAAGAAGCUGAUGACAUGGCAAUGGAAAAAGAGAAAUAUGUUGAUGAACUGAGAAAAGCAUUGUUGUCCCGAGCAGGACCAGCUGAUGAAUACAAGUUUAAUUUUUCUACAGAAUCUAGUCAUUUCUCCCUUGAGAAAAGCCUGAAAGAUGUUUCAUUCAGACUUGGUUCCUUCAACCUAGAGAAAGUUGCAAGCCCAGCUGAGGUCAUUAGAGAACUUAUUUGUUACUGCCUGGACACCAUCACAGAAAGUCAGGCCAAAAAUGAGCACCUGCAGAAAGAAAAUGAAAGGCUUCUGAGAGAUUGGAAUGACGUUCAAGGACGAUUUGAAAAAUGUGUGUAUGCUAAGGAAGCUCUGGAGACUGAUCUUUAUGAACGGUUUAUUCUGGUGCUGAAUGAGAAGAAAGCAAAGAUCAGAAGCUUACAUAAAUUGUUAAAUGAAGUUCAAGAACUGGAAAAGAAGGCUGGACAUGAAAGGGAAUCUGCAACCUGUUCUGAAAUGACUGCUGACCGAGAUGCCGUCUAUGAUGAAAGUACCGAUGAGGAGAAUGAAAACCAGCCUGAGCCCUCUGGGUUGGCUCCAGCCGCUGUAAGUAAAGAUGACUCCAUUAUUUCAAGUCCUGAUGUCCCUGAUGUUGCACCAAGUAGAAAGAGGAGACAGCGAAUGCAAAGGAAUCUUGGGACAGAACCAAAGAUGGCUCCUCAGGAGCGUCCACUGCAAGAAAAGGAAAAACUUGAUCCUUCUCUACCUGAGACGUGGAAAAAGGAGCACAUCUCAGCUGAAAACAUGUCUUUGGAAACUCUGAGAAACAGCAGCCCAGAAGACCUCUUUGAUGAGACUUAAUAGUUUUGAAAAAAAUACUUUGAUGUUCACUAGACUGUGUUUUCUAUUCAUUUCUUAAAAAUUAAAAAGCAAAAUUUCAACUCGGCAGCAGCUAUUACUGCACCUUACAAUUUAAUUACAUACACACUGAGUUGGAACCAUUGUGCAAAAUGGAUUACACAUGUACAUAAAGAUAUGAUUUGAUGACAGUGGUGCAUUAUUCUAGACCAUUCAGCAUGCCUAUAAUUGCAUAAAAUGUCAGACUUUUGUGCAAGGGACACAUUUAUCGUAAUCAUUCACACGUAUUAUAUGUAGUCAUUGUCUAACAUCCUGUCUAGGAAGAUUUUGGAAAUAGGGCAAAGAAAACAUCUUUUUUAAAUGUCUGCAGUUCUUUUUGAAUAGUCAUGUUCUGAACACUGAUAUUUGAGCAUUUUAAUCUGUGUGAUGAUACAUAAAAUAUAUUUUUAGUUGGUUCAUAAACAAUCUGAUAAUAAAAUUUUCAAUACACUGAA